AUGUGUAUAAGAGACAGCCCCAGACCCGUACCAGUACCUCUCAUGUACCUCAGUACCACUCCCCCCAGACCCGUACCAGUACCUCACAUGUACCUCAACCCGUACCAGUACCUCACAUGUACCUCAGUACCACUCCUCCCCAGACCCGUACCAGUACCUCACAUGUACCUCAGUACCACUCCCCCAGACCCGUACCAGUUCCCUCUGCACCUAAGCCUUGGUACAGUCACGGACCAGAGCGCCGUGGUACAUUACUCGGGCGUACCAGAGCCUGAGGAGAAGUACGUGAACGUGUACCAACUCGUGUACCUGCGUGAGAGCGACAGGGUACACGGCCACCUGUACCGCAGCCCACACGACCACCACCAGUACGGGGAGAACGUCAACGAGGCGGGGGGCGGGAGCCGCGGCCCCCCAGACGGAGCAGGUCCCCUGGAGCCGUACCAGUUCGUGGUACGUGACCUCAAGUCCGACCAGACGUACCAGCUGUGGCUGGUCGCGUACCUCAGCAACGGACGUACCAUCAAGAGCAACGUGCUCGACGUGCGCACCAACGCAAGUACCCUGCCCGUACCUCAGCGCAGCGAGCUCGACGCGACCUCCCUGGAUGCCCCUCACCCCGCCACCUCCCCCGCCUCCCCCGCCACCCCCGCCACAUACUACAGUUCUAUGGUGGCGGCGGCGGCGGUGGCGGCCGUGGCGUGUGUGGCGCUCCUGGCGGUGGUGGCGGUGCUUGUGCGGCGGCAGACUCUCGCCACCGCCGCCAUCAACGGCGAUCGCGGCGGCAUCAAGACGACCUCGGUGGCGUCGGCAGCGUACGACAACCCCUCAUAUAAGACGUACGACCUCGAGAUGAACGGCAUGAAGUCCAACAAUGGCGCCGGCGCUGCCAGCGACUCCUGAGCGUGGCCGUGGACGGUUACGCGCGUGUGUGUGUGUGUUUAAACUUUGUGUACAUGUGUGUGCGUACAUGACACGUACAUGUAAGUACGAUCGUCUCAAUUUCAGCCGUAUUCUCAGAAAAAAAUACGAUAAGGACGUAGGAAUUUUUCCUGGCGAUGACUCAUCAUUUUUACGCGCAAUCCUGGUAGUUCUGAAGAAUCAAUUUGCGACCACACAAAAAAAUGUGUUGGGCAAUGUUUGCAAUGUCCUGUAUGCAACGUAGACGUUUUUUAGAAUCCCCUUGCCCCCUUGCCCCCUUGGCCCCUUGACCUCUUGACCCCCUGACUC